AUGGCAACUCAAAUGCAAACAGAUGAUCCAACGCCUCAAGUUUCCGCUGGCUCGACCAAAGACUGGCCCGGUCGUUGGUCUCAUAUUAAUAAAAUACUGGAUAGGAGAGGUCCCUUUUGUGACCCAAGCUUUACACCUGGUCACAAUGAGGAAAUCUUGCUUAGCCAAUGUAAGAUUCUCGUGAUUGGAGCGGGUGGGCUUGGUUGCGAGAUCUUGAAAAACUUGGCACUUUCUGGUUUCAGGGAUAUUGAAGUAAUUGAUAUGGAUACUAUCGACGUAUCAAAUUUGAACCGACAAUUUUUGUUUAGACCGUCUGACGUAGGAAGCCCUAAAGCUAAGGUGGCUGCGGAAUUUGUGAUGAAACGCGUUGCUGGUGUAAAAGUUUCUUAUUAUCACGGCAAGAUUCAAGAUAAAGAUGAUGACUAUUACCUUGGUUUUCACAUGAUAAUUUGUGGGUUGGAUUCUGUAGAGGCGCGUAGAUGGAUGAAUGCCACGCUUGUAAAUAUUGCCCAGGAUGACCCUGAAAAAAUUCGUGUCUUAAUUGAUGGUGGCACCGAGGGCUUUAAAGGUCAGGCUCGUGUAAUCAUUCCAACCGUAACUUCUUGCUAUGAAUGCUCACUGGAAAUGUUCAAUAAACCUACUACCUUCCCUAUCUGCACUACCGCUAAUACUCCAAGAUUACCUGAGCAUUGCAUUGAAUGGGCCUCGGUCCUGCAAUGGCCAAAAGUACGAGGAGACGAAAAAAUGGAUACAGACGACCCAACCCAUAUUCAGUGGAUAUAUGAAACGGCUCUCAGUAAAGCAAAGGAGUUUAAUAUUUCUGGAGUUACUUACUCGCUUACUCAGGGGGUUGUAAAAAAUAUCAUACCGGCAAUAGCUUCAACGAAUGCCGUUAUCGCAGCUGCAUGUUGUAACGAAGCAUUCAAAAUAAUCACAACGUCUCAACCAUUUCUUAACAAUUACAUGAUGUACACUGGCAACGAAGGUGUGUACACGCAUACCUUUGAAUACGAAAAAAAACCAGACUGUCCGGUUUGUGGAAAUCAAACUCUUCCGUUAGAAGUUAGGAAAGACAUUACAGUCGAGGAUUUCAUCGAAUUACUUCAAGAGAAGCCUGACAUACAACUCAAAAAACCCAGUCUAUCAACAAGCACAAAUGAAAAAAUAUAUUGGCAAUCCCCUCCAUUCUUCGAGGAACGAACGAGACCUAAUCUAACGAAGGAACUAUCAAGCUUAGUCAAUAGUGGGGAGGACAUUAUCAUCACAGAUUCUUCAUUACCAUUUUCUUUGAAAGUUAGAAUUUCCUAUGCAUAG